AUGCGCCUCGGCAUUUUCAUAUUCCUAAUAUGCGCAUGCUCGGCUAAAUCCAGUUAUAAAUAUUCCGGAUCGCUGUUCAAUGACAUCGAAUUGGAUUAUGACGAGACUGACGAAAAGGAAUUAAGCUCGGUGUUUUCGCGUAAUAUGGCCGACUCGAAAUCGCAACUCAUUCUUGACCUGGAUUUUUUCUAUCAUUUUUUCAACUACGGUGAAGCUUACAGGCAGGGCGCCGAGGAGGGAAACCUGGAAAUCAUGAAGUACGCGGUGGAGCUCGUCGAAAAAAUGAAAGAGUUCGAUGUCUCGGCGCCGUGCAUCGGCGAUAUGCUGCAUCUCGCGUGGACCGGUGUCGAGUACGCCACCCAUGUGGAAGUGCACAAGAAUUGCACCGACUGUCAGUGUACGCCAUUGUUCCAGCAGAAGAAAAAUGAGCGUCAUUGGAUUUUCAAUGUGUUCGACGCAAUGGGAAAAGUGCCAGCCGGCAUUUCGAGCGGCAACAAUCUUUGGGUAGGCUCGUGGAAUACAUGUCGCAAAAUUCAAGUCGUCAAAAAUCGCCAGGGCCAAUUCUGGAAGGGCCAAUAUUGCCUAGCGAAUAUCAACGCGUAUGAGAGGGACAACCCAUUAAAGGCAUUCGGCAACACGGGGCCCGUUGAUAAGCAUUGCUAUGAGAAGCCAUCAGACACCAAUAUCACCGACGACGGUCAAUGCUUCGAUCUGCUCCCUUUGCUGAAAUUCGGAAUGUGUGUGCCGAAUACGUGCACCGAUCAUGAUGUGACGAGAAUGCUCAAAUUUGCGAUUCGCGCGGCCGAAGCAAUGACUGGAAUGGACAAGGUGUGCAAUGUUAGUGUGGAAUGUCGCGCCGAGAAUUACUCAGACGCGAUGAGCCAGAAUAGUCUUGCAAUGCUGGCGCUGUAUCUUGCCAUAGCUACAGUAAUCUUUGCCGUGUUCGGAACCCUCUACGAUCUUUUCAUUGUUCAAAAAUCCACAAUGGAAUAUGGUUAUGAUCCAGCGCAUCCAGCAUUCAAGCACCACUUCAUCAAAUUCAUUCUUUCGUAUUCGCUGUACACGAACGGACUGGAAAUUUUGCAAUCGAAGAAGCGCGACGGCGAAAUCAACGCGCUUCACGGUGUGCGAUUUCUGAGCAUGUGCUGGAUAAUCCUCGGACACACGUAUUAUUAUAUCGGGACGAGUCUAACCACCGACAAUCUCCUACCGACGCUCAUCAAUUUUCCGAAGAUGUUCUACACGCAGAUUAUUGUGCAAGCGCCGUUGGCCGUCGACUCGUUCUUCUUUUUAAGUGGAAUGCUCACCGCGUUUUUCUUCUUCAAACGCUACUUGAAGCCAAAAUCUCGUGCCAACCCGCCGACACCUGAAUAUAAUCCGACGGACUAUCGUACCUGGCUCGCUGCUUAUUACAAAAGAUAUAUUAGAAUUACACCAACGUACGCCGUUGUGAUGCUCUUCGACGUCACCCUAUUCUCAUAUAUUUCGAAUGGUCCGUUCUGGAGGCCGAUUGAGAAGCAGGGAUGCCGGCAUGCCUGGUGGACCAACUUCAUUUACCUCAACAAUUUUCUUUUGCAAGACGUGGAAUGCUGUAUGGGCUGGACGUGGUAUCUGGCGAACGACAUGCAAUUCCAUGUGUUCCUCAUGCCCAUAUUGAUCAUCACAUUCCUCAAAUUCGGCACAAGACCCGGAUUGAUGGUCUCAAGCGCUCUCAUAGUGAUCUCCACAAUUAUCAAGUUGGUGAUCAUUGAGAUCAAGGAAUUUCCGCCGGCGCCAUUAUUAACAGCAAAAUUGCAAAUUGUCAAACAGCUUGAUGAAUAUUGGAAUCAUGUAUACGUUCGGCCAUACAUUCGAUGCACCCCGUUUAUUAUUGGCGUCAUUGUCGCAUAUUUUUUGAAUGUUUUAACGAAAAAAGAUCAAAAAGAUUUGAAAAUUAAAAUGGAGAGGAAGCAUGUGAUGAUCGGCUGGACGAUGUCCACAAUUCUCGGCCUCUAUUCGGUUUUUGGGCUUUAUUGGUUCGCUAAAACUGGAGACAUUUCGGAAUGGUGGAAGAUUUUGUAUAUAAUUUUCGGACGGAAUUCGUAUGCGUUGGCACUUGGAUGGGUCGUUUUUGCAUGCACAUCGGGAAAUGGAGGUCCAGUUGACACCAUUCUAAGUUGGCGAUUCUUUGUGCCAUUGUCGAAAAUCACAUUUUGCGCAUAUUUAUUGCAUCCAAUAAUGUUGCAAAUUUACAAUUUGAGCCGACCGCAGCCAUUCCAUUUCACCACAUUUGUCCAAAUGCUUCGUCAUACCGUUGAAGCGAUCACCGCCUCUUAUUUGAUGGCAUUCGUGUUCACGCUGGCGUUUGAGAAGCCGUUCACGAAAAUCGAGGAAAUGCUGGUGCCGACACCGAAAAUGGGCGGAGAAACACCGCGAAAAUCCGGCGAUCGUGAACUUGAGCCGCUAAAUAACAGUUCGAAAUAA